GUAAUUCAAAUUAUCAUAGUUAUAAGUUUAUCGAAAGCUGUAUCACAAACUGGUGUUAUAGAUAAUCGUAUAUUAUAGUUGAUAGCAAAAGGACGAGAACAAAAAAUAAAUUAAUGAAAAGAAGAAGAAUAAAUAAAAUACAAACAUUGUGCAGAGCAAAAGAACAGACAUUCGAAAGAGUUUUCUAUCUAAUCAUAAAAUCUGUACCGCGAAAUAGUUUAGCGCGUAAUACGUAUCUAUAUAAGUAUUAUGUAUUGAUUUCAAGUAGCGAUUAUUUUAUAAUAUGAAUUCCGAUUAGAAAUCCUAAUUUCGAUUGAGCAUAAAUUUCAUUACACUUAACUCUCGAGUGUCCAGAUCAAUAGAAAAAGUUUAAAACGAAACGAGAAAAAAGUAGAAAUUUUGUCUGCAACAUUAUGUGAUGUACACAGUUUUUAAACAUCUUUUGUGUGUCGAGUAUGCGAAUAUUGUUUUGUUAUUCUUGUAUUUUUAUGUAUUUGCACGUAGGCGAUCGCGAUUGCGACAAAUCUGUUAGGUGUUAUAGCCACCCCCCAUUCCGCCGUCUUAUCAGAAUAUAUCACUUUUUUAUUUCGCGCAAUUAUAAGCACUUGCAAAACCAAACGGGAAUCCAACGCGUUAGGGUAUCGACGAUCAACACUUACUUUUGAGCCAGCGGUAGAUUUUAUACCCUCAGUUUAGUUCAGACGUUGAAAUCGCCAACCUGUUGUCUUUCGACGAAUAGUUAGAUUUUUAUUCACUAUUUUAUUUUAAUCUCUUUUUAGGUAUUUUAUUUUUUUAUCAGUCAUUCUUUCACCUUGCAUUUCGACUUCUCUUAUCAACAAUAAUAUUUUUUUUUUAUUUUAUUUUUUUCUGAAUUCCAACGAGAAACGUACUUUGUGAUGCAGAAUCCACGCUUUAUUGCUACCAUUCUUGCAGCGCUUGCUGCUCACUCGGGUCAAAUAUCUGUUGGCCUUUCCCAGGGAUUCAGUGCUGUUUUAAUCCCAAAGCUUUUGGAAUCUGAUUUCGCAACAGAAUCUCAAGCUUCUUGGGUAGCUUCCUUGGGAGUAGUUUCUAAUCCAAUCGGUGCAUUGGUCGCUGGUUUAGCUGCUGAACUUUUUGGACGUCGUGCCGCCGUUGCUCUGGCAACAGUACCACAUGCCGCAGGAUGGCUUUUCAUUGCUCUUGCUACAAACGUUCCACUUUUAUAUACUGGACGUUUCAUAAGUGGAUUGGGAGCCGGAAUGGCCAACGGACUUUACCUCUACGUCAGCGAGGUCGCUGCACCUGAACAACGUGGUUGGUUAGCGAGUUCCGGUCCAGCAGUUGUUUCGUUUGGAGUUUUGAUGGCUUACAGUUUGGGAGCUGUUACAACUUGGCAAAGAGCUGCUGCGAUAAGUAUCGCCCCUGCUAUCCUCUCAUUGGCCCUUGUGAGACUUCUUCCUGAAACCCCUGCAUGGUUAGCGGCAAAGGGAAGAACAGAUGAUGCCAAGAAAUCUUUGCUAUGGUUGCGAGGUCCUGGACUUCUUACCGAAGCUGAACACAGCGAGCUCUGUAAAUCAAACGUGGAACAACAGCGCAAUGGAGCAAGCCUUUUGAAAUCCUUGAACAAACCAAGCGUCUGGAAACCCUUCAUUACUCUUUUUCUCUUCUUUGCUCUUCAACAGUUAUCUGGAAUCUAUGUAAUUCUUUUCUACGCCGUGACUGUACUUCAGGAUAUCGGUGUUACAGUAGACGAAUAUGCAGGCAGUGUUGCAAUUGGAGGGGUACGGCUUGUAGCUGCAAUUUUAGGUGCGGGAUUGGCUCGAUCAGUUGGAAGAAAACAUUUAGCUUGUGCAAGUGGCUUAGGAAUGGCGGUUUCAGCUGCAGGGGUGGCAUUGUCGAUUAGAUAUACCUUCCCCUCUUGGGUUCCUCUUCUUUGUAUUGGUGGGCAUGUUGGAUUUUCAAUGAUUGGUUAUCUGACACUACCCUGGGUGAUGACGUCGGAGCUUUACCUACUGAGAUUUCGAGGGCCUUUGGGCGGUCUCACGACUAGUUUGGCUCAGAUGAUGACUUUUGCAGCUAUCAAAACCUACCCUGAUCUCAGGACAGCUAUUGGACUCGAGGUAACAAUGUGGGUAUUCGGCACUUCUGGUUUAUUAGGUGCAAUAUUCGCUGUGACAAUUCUCCCGGAAACUAAAGGGAGGAGUUUGAACCAAAUUGAAAAUGGUUUCAACAAGAAAAAUAGCGACGAUGAGGAGACCCACGAGCCAGAUGUAAAUACAAUCGAGGUCCAACCCAAUCCAAGAAAUGUACCUCUUCAGAGGUUCAGAGCGAUUUCUGAGGAUAGGACAGUGACACUCCCAGGUAGUGUGAACUGGAGCAAUAGAUUCGGCUAUGAUAAUCUCGGACUUGAUGUUACUCUUGACAACCCAAAGAAAAUGAACCAAGGAAAGAAUCAACUUUUCAAUGAAAACGCUGCGAGUGAGAACAACUCUGGCUUCAACAGGCGAGGAAAUUCCUGUGUGUAUGAACACGUGUAUCUUUAAAGAUUGAGUUAGGGAUUAAUUAGCAGCUAAUGUAAAUAAAUGUUGCAGUUUUAGAUUCUUAUACGACUGAUGCAGGGCAAACAAAAAAAAAGGUAUAAUGAACUGUAAAUAGAAAGGGUUAGCCUGUGAUCUCGAUGAGUCUUAUUAUGGCCUAUCAGUAUUAGGUGAAAGAUAUUCUUAAAUCGUGUAUAUAAAUAUAUGUAUAAUAAUUUGUA